UAGGUGGCCAAAAGGCAGGUCCCGGCCCGACAUUACUGUUUUCCUCCGGGGAGUUUUUAAGCUGACAGUUGGGGGAGGGGCGGGGGACGGGAAUUCUCAGCCCAGGCUCCAUAUCUAGUAGUCACAUGGAAACUGAAACUACAGUCUGAGUUCAGAAAUGGGCUGGUGUAUGUAUGAUUAAGAGAGAGAGAGAGAGAGAAAAGCCCCACAAGGCCAAGUCGGCAGGAAAAAAAAGCCCUCAGUGAAGUUUGCCUAUCUCCGGCCCGGAGCCCCUCCCCUCGGGGCGCGCCCGGGACCGUGACCCAGCGCCGCGCCCUCCCGGCUGCCUAGGGUCCGGAGCCCGCGCCGCCCGCCGCCCGCCGCCCGUGCCCGCUCCUGUGCACUUGGCCUGCGCCCGAGGCCGGCCCGGGGCCAGACUGCGACGAUGAGCGGCCUCGUGGACACCCCGGAGCCCCCGCGCCAAGAGCCAGACCCAGGGAUGGCUUCCACUAUAACGGACAUCGCCAUCAUUGCAGGUGUGAUUGCCGCUGUGGCCUUGGUCCUGGUCUGCCUGCUCUUCGUCAUGCUGCACUACAUGUACCGGCACAAGGGCACCUACCACACCAACGAGGCCAAAGGCACGGAGUUUGCCGAGAGCGCUGAUGCAGCCCUGCAGGAUGACCCUGCUCUCCAGGAUGCUGGUGACAGCAGCAGGAAGGAGUAUUUUAUCUGAGGGACACCAGACCUCACCUCCCCAGGGCCUGCUCCCAUUGCAGGAUGGAAAAUGCAACCCCCCAGCCAGCAUUGCCCUGCAGGAGCCGCACUGCCAGGCAGUCCAUGGAACACUGGCGUCUUCCUGAAACCCUGAAUGCCCGGAGCCAGUUCUGGGAGGGCUCAAGCCGGUAGACACAGAGUGGCCACCAUGGAGGCUAACCUUUUCUUUGCCAAGAAGAGUGACAUUCUGGCCAGCCGGCUGAGCCUAAGCAGUUCUCCUGUUUUCUUGGCGUGCAAACACCAUUCUGGAUACUCAAAGCCAGGACAUGAGACCUUGAUGCACAGACUCGGAUGAUGGAAUCAAAUGUCAGCGCUUGGCAUUUGAACUGAGCAGCAGGUGCCAUGGGGGAAUGGAACGGCUGUUUCCCAUCAAUCCAGCUCAAAAUUCUUGGGAAUAAAUUCAAAAUGCGACUGAGCCUUCAGAGUCCACUAGCAUAGCUGUAAUUGUCGGGGAAGAUGAAAGCCAUGCUGGGCCUGCUCCCCCGCUGUUGAUUGUAUGUUCCCUGGUUGUGUGCCCAGGGCAGAGGAGGGAAGGAGUAGUGACCGGCGUCCUUUGCCACACAGGCAGCAGCUGCAGGAAAAGACUGUUAACAUGACUGUCCCUCUAGAAAUAGACUGUGGCAGCAGUCAGAUGGUAGUUGGAGCACUGGCCCCUGAUGCAGUCUGGAGAAACGGGAGCUGUUCAGCAGCACUGAGGGAGCCCCAUCCUUGUGCACUCACAGCGGCAGUGGAACCGAGAGCCAGCAGCACAGGCUGCAGAGACCCUCUCCCUGGCUGGGGGUCUGGGAUCAUAUGUGGGUCAUUUCCUUUAGCUCCAGGGCCCAGGGUUCUUAUAAUUCACCUGAAAUCCUCGAUGCUCCAAAUUUGAAACCACAGGCAGAAAGUGUCACAGCUGACUCCACAUUGCAGGUCACUGUCCUAACGCAGGUGCACUUGAAGUACUAUAUAAAGCUCUCCUCAGACUGUGUAUAAGGUGUCUAGGAAACGGAAGUGAACUUAUAUUUAGACUUGUCUCUUAACCCAGCAAGAGUCUUCAGUGUGUACAUGCAAAUAUCCCCAAAUCCAAGGCCUAUUGCCCUGCUGGUCCAAAAUGUCUCAGAUCACGGAUAUUCAGGCCACAAUCAUGACAUCACAGCCUCAAGGGCUGGAACAAAUGGGGCAACUAUUAGUGCUCCCUUCCAAUGUCAGUGACUGGAGUUGUGUGGACACUGUGGGUGUCCUGAUUAACAAAGCCUGACUGCACCACUUCUGCAGUGGCCAGGAAUCACAGGAUGGGCGGCGUCGCCACUCUUCCGGGUGUAGCUGUGCGAGACAUCCAUCCAGUUAUGGAAACUCCGCCGAGACAGCAGAAAGCUCCCUGUCACCCUAGGAGGAGCACGUGGUUCAGGGCUCAGGGAGUACUGGGGGAGCAGUGGCCACCAGCCAAAGUAGAUGAGACCCUGGAAACUGAAGGGGGCUUGGCUAGCACAUCUCCUCUUGCCCACAGAGGGCAGAUGCCAAGAACCUCGUGGAUGCUGAGAGCACAAGUGGGAAUGAGACCCAGAGGAGAUGGGCAGCAAUUGGCUUUCUAUCACUUCACAAUACCCAGGAGAGUCACAAGAAGGGAAUAGUUUCUUUGCUUCACUCUCUGUAACUCUUAGCCACAAAUAAAUAAAUCUUUAAAGUCAAA